AUGCAGGUUCUAGCAUUCACGACAGUAGCGGCGUUGCUUGGCGGUGCGCUCGCCUUAGUCCCCGUUGGCGCCCCCUACGCCCCCUACGGGUAUCCCGGUCUGGGGGUCCCCGGGCAUGUGGGAGUUGCCGCCCCCUUCGGCUACCAUGGCCCAGUCGGCAUCGCCCGCCCCGCCGUGGCCGUCGCUAAAGUUGCCGCCCCAGUUGAAGACUACGACCCCAACCCUCAGUACUCUUACGCUUAUGACAUCCAGGAUGCUUUGACUGGCGACUCAAAGAGCCAGCAAGAGUCCCGCUCAGGCGACGUCGUCCAAGGGUCCUACUCACUGGUCGAGCCGGACGGUUCCCGCCGCAUCGUCGAGUACACCGCGGACCCGCACAACGGGUUCAAUGCCGUGGUCCACAAGGAACCCGCCGGACACGUCGUUAAGGCCGUCCACGCCGCCCCGGCCUAUGUACACUAACCUUUAUGAUGAUUGAACCUUCGACUGUGAUGGGAAAUUAACGUUUUCGAUGUUGGAGAA